AUGAUCAGUGGGAUGUACCUGGGGGAGAUAGUGCGCCUCCUGCUGGUGAGGAUGGCUCAGGACGGGCUGCUGUUCCAGGGACAGGUCUCAGAUCAGCUGCAGACGCCCGGAGCCUUCACCACCAGCUUCAUCUCUGAGGUCGAGGAAGAGGGCAGUGGGCCGCAGCACACGGAGCGUAUCCUGACCGGUCUCUCCCUGCGCUGGUCUGCUGUGGACUUGCGUGCGGUGUGUCUGGUGUGUGACGCGGUGUCAUCUCGUGCCGCUCGCCUCUGCGCCGCGGCAUUAGCGGCGGUCGCUAACCGUAUUCGCACGAACAGAGGCCUGCAGCAGUUUCAGACCACAGUGGCCGUCGACGGAACUGUCUACAAGAAGCAUCCCAACUUCAAGGCCGAGUUGCAGGAUGUGGUGCAGGACCUGGCGCCCCAGUGCACCCUGGACUUCCUGGUCUCUGUGGACGGCAGUGGGAAAGGUGCUGCCAUGGUAACGGCGGUCGCCCAGAGGAACGCGGCCCAGUCCCACCUGAUCGACGAUGAGGAGGACGAAGACCAAGACCAGAACUGA